GUUGUUGGCGGCGAGAGCGGGUUUCGUCCGUGGGCUCGAGAGCGCAUGAGAGUCGACCGGCUGCCCCCACCAGCGGCUGUUCAAUCGACUCGUUUUCCACAGCGAGCCAGUGUGGAAGGAAUCACCAAUGGCGACCGGUCUCUUGAGGCUCGUCUCGAUUUCGUUCUUGGGUCUUUUGGUGACGCGGGCGACGGGGACCAGCGUCGCGAGGAACGUGCCGGAGGUGGACCACGUCGAGGUGGCCGACUGGACGCGUUCGAGGCCUUCGUCGGGCGGCGUCCGGCUCUCGCUCGCCCUCCGGGGCUCCGGUUUCGCCCCUUCGGACGAGUUCGCCCUCGCGGGGGCCGAGGACGGGGGCGGCGGAUGCCCCGAGGACGGCCUGAGGGAGACGCGCCUCCGAUGGGCCAACGCCACCUACGCCCUCGUCGACGUCGUCCUCCCGGCUGGAGAGAAGGAGAAGACCUACCGCGUGUGCGUCAAAGCCCGCUACGGGACUCCGAACGGCGACAGGACGGGAGUGUUAAGUACGUUACCGAACGGUGUGUCAGACUGGAUUCAAGUCGGAGAGGUGUUCGUCAAGCCGGAUAAAUACACGCCCAAGAACAGUUACAUGAAGAAAUACCGAGCGUUUCAGUCAAAACUGAGGAGAUCUACACGUUAUUGGGAACGGCGGUACGACCACGCUGUCCACCUCUUCGGCCUCAGGGUGGAGAAGGGCGGCCACUCGAUGAAGGUCGGAGACGACGGGGUGCCGGAACUGCUCCAGGGCGAGACGGUCGUCCUCCGCCUCUUCGGCACGGGAUUCAGGAACGACACCUUCUUCGUACUCACCCAUAAAAAACAGGACAGGGGCGAGCACUGCGACUUCCCGGCGACUGAGAAACAGCAGCUGAUUGGGGAUUCUUUUUCUGAUGGGUCGGCGUUGCUGGAAGUAGUGAUUCCGACAGUUGGUGAGACGGGCACAAUGUUUUAUCUGUGUUUUAAGCGGAUUCCGAGCAAGUCGAACGGGACGACGGCGGAGCACGUUAUCUGGACCCAUCUCGGAUCCGAACCGUAUUUGGCAAUGAGGUCGUUUAAGAAGAUGCUGCCCCUUUACGUCUCCAUCAUCAUCAUCGUUUUCUGCCUCAUGUUCUCCGCCCUCUUCUCCGGCCUCAACCUUGGCCUCAUGUCCCUGGACAGAACCGACUUGAAAAUAAUAUCCAACACCGGCACAAAAAAAGAGAAGAAAUACGCCAAAGCCAUCACCCCGGUGAGGGCACACGGUAAUUACCUCCUCUGCAGUAUACUCCUGGGUAACGUGAUGGUCAACUCCACCUUCACCAUACUCUUGGAUGAGCUGACGUCGGGUUUCGUCGCUGUCAUCGCUUCCACCCUUCUUAUCGUCAUAUUCGGUGAGAUCACCCCGCAGGCUAUCUGCUCCAGGCACGGUCUCGCCGUCGGCGCCAAGACCAUCUUCAUAACGAAAUGUGUCAUGGGCCUCACCUGCCCACUUUCGUACCCCAUCAGCAAAAUACUGGACAGACUGUUGGGAGAGGAAAUCGGCGCCGUCUACACUAGAGAAAGACUCAAAGAAUUGGUAAAGUUGACCACUGAGUUCAAUGAUCUUCAAAAGGAUGAAGUCAAUAUUAUUUCUGGUGCUCUUGAAUUGAGCCAGAAAAUGGUUCUGGAUGUCAUGACAAAGAUCGAAGAUGUUUUCAUGUUAUCAAUUGAUGCGGUUUUGGACUUUGAAACCGUUUCUGAAAUAAUGAAAUCUGGAUUUUCUAGGGUGCCUGUUUACGAGGGUUCAAGAGGAAACAUUGUGUCUAUGCUUUACAUUAAAGAUUUGGCUCUUAUCGACCCUGACGACAACACACCUUUGAAAACACACUGUGAAUUCUAUCAAAAUUCAUGCUAUUUUGUGUUUGAGGACACAACCCUCGAUGUACUAUUCAAGCAAUUUAAAGAUGGAAUAAAGGGCCAUAUGGCAUUUGUGCACAGAGUCAACAGCGAAGGGGAAGGAGAUCCCUUCUAUGAAACUGUCGGGCUUAUUACUCUCGAAGAUGUUAUUGAGGAGCUUAUCCAGUCUGAAAUCAAUGAUGAAACGGAUGUUUACACUGAUAACAAAACAAAGAGACGAAGGAAAGAAAGACAUAACAAACAAGAUUUCUCAAUGUUUGCAGAGAAAAAUGAGAAUCAAAGAAUACACAUAUCACCACAAAUGACAUUAGCAACAUUCCAGUUCCUCUCUACAACUGUCGAUGCCUUCAAACCAGAUAAUAUAUCUGAAGCAGUACUUCGUCGAUUGUUAAAGCAAGAUGUGUUCUAUCAUAUAAAAAUCAAAGAUAAAACUAAAAAGCUGGAGCCGCAUACUAUUAUUUAUGAACAAGGCAAACCUGUCGAUUAUUUUGUAUUGAUUUUGGAGGGAAGAGUCGAAGUCACCGUGGGCCGGGAAAAUCUUGUGUUUGAAAGUGGUCCAUUUACUUUCUUUGGUUCUCAAGCACUCAUACAAAAUGUUGGUGGAGUCCUACCCGCCGAAUCACCAUCAAGUGGAGGAAAUCAACCGAUGGGGUCACUGCAGAGUGUGAACCUUGACUCAAAGCUCCGUACCACUUUUGUACCCGACUAUGGUGUUCGAGCAGUAACGGAAGUUUUCUACAUGAAGAUCAAACGGUCUAUGUACCUAGCUGCAAAAAGAGCCACCCUGAUGGAGUGGUCGAAGAAGGAAGAAUCAAAUGCAGGUGAUGCGUUUGAUGAUGAAAUGGACAAGCUUAUCCAUACACUAGGUGGUGACGAUACCAGGAGUCAGGGCUCACCAGAAGUCACAAGAACUUACUCACAGCAGCAGUCUGGGAAAACAAGCCCCCAGCCGUUUUCUAACGGACCGCUAAACUAUUCUGAACCUCUUCUUGCUGCCAGGAUGGAAGUGGCCAGAAACCUAGGAGACGUACAAACCGUUCAUACAAUUGAUCCCAGUUCCACACAGGAUGAAAUCUCAAAACUAUUACCAACAUAGCGAAUUAAAAAGUACCAAUAAUUUUUAGAUUUUUUUUUUGUUAAACGUUAUUGCGAUAUAUAUUUAAACUCACAUAGAAAACAGUGUAAAAAAAUACCCGCACUUAGUAAAUAUCUUGCUAAUUUUGUUUUUAACUGAAAAAUUAAAUUUGCAAAUGGAUAAACCAAAGCCAAAACUACUUCUCUUCGAUUUUGAGCCAAUUUUGUCUGUUAAGUGUAAUCCAUACAUACAAAAAAAACUAAUUGUUUUAAAAAUGAUUAAAGAAAUAUUUUCUAAGAAAUUUGGUAAAGAAGCAGUCAAUCAUAUAAUAUGGAGAGUUGUAGCUACAUUUUAAGAUAAGUUAAAUUUUUUAUUAUGAACAUCAUUGUAUUAAUUUCACUGUAUUUAUCAUAUAUUAUUUUUUAUAUAACUGAUUUUUAUAGUUACCUUUUUAAAACUUGUUUUCUCAAAAGCCAAUUAAUUAGGCUAUGUGAAUAGACUUUUUUAAUUAUAAGAUUAGCUUCCUAUAUGAAAGUACCUGAUAUAUAAAAAUGGUUUACUUAAUAAUUGUGAUUCUUUCACAUAAAUAGUUACUGGUAAAAAUGUUGAAUACCUAGUUGCAUUUUAGUGUGUAAUGGUUAUGAUAUUGGUCUUUUUGUGGUUCUGUUGUUUGUGAGCAUCAUCAUUGCCUUUUGUAACAAAGUGAUUGGAUCGAAUUAUUACUGUACUUUUCAAGAAAAAUUAGUACUUAAUGUAGUACUUGAAAUUAGCAUACUUAUAUCGUUGCAAUCAUUCAGUUUAAAUCUGGUUUGUUGUUUCCUUCGGUUUUCUGGCAUGAAUAGUGAAUGCAUGGUAAGUCGGUUGAUAAGUACCGAGUGCGUUUUUGUUGUUGUUUUUAGUUUUAUCAGCUCAAUGGUGAAAGAUUAGUAAGAAGUCGGUUCGGUUUACUAAUUUUUUCCGUUUUGCGUGUUGCCAUCUGACUUACUCUGUUAAUGUUAUUUUACAUCACUUAAUUAUUAAGUUUCUAUUUAAUAUAAUUGAUUGUAAAUAUAAUAAAUGAAAUUUGUUAUGUAUGUCGAAGAAAGCCAUUGUUAAAAAAUGUAGUUAUUGUAUAUAUUUAGUUAUAAGUAGACACACUUAUUAGUUGGAGACAUUUUUAAAAAAAACUAGCUUUUAUUUAGUAAAAUCCAGGUUAGCAUGCUUUUCUCAGAGUAUAUCUUAUUAUUUUUGUAAAUUAGAUGUGUUUAUAAAAACCCUAGAUUAAAUAUAUAAAUAAUAAAAUGUAACCAAACAUAAUUACUUAAAAGAAAUAGCAAUACUACUAAACGUAAAAUUACCAUCACAUUUCAGUAACAUAGUAUGUUCAUUCUUGAAAUAUUUUAAUUGAAUGACUUUUUCUCUUCUAAAUCAAUUCUUAAUUUUUGGUGUUGAAGUUUGGUGGCGUAAAUCACACUAGAAUUAAAAUUCGCACUCUGUCGGUUCUUUGUUAUAUGAUAUUAUAAUUUCAUUAUGGAUUUUUUUUUUUUACUUUGAGACUGUGUAUUUGUCUGUAAAUUUAUUCAAAACGAUUAUUUCAUAAUGUAUGCCUUCAGUGAAAUUUAUUGGAGAUGUAUGCAAGGGGUAGUUGGUUAAGAUGUACACAAAUGUUAACAAUGUGAUCGUUAUUGGCCUUAAACAGAGUAAUAGAAAUAUUAAUAAAGUUAUAUUAAAUGUUGUGUAGACCAUAAGUAUAGAAAAAGGCUUGCUCAUUGCUUUUGUACAAAAGAAAAAAAACAAUUAUUAUUCUAAAGUUGUGAAAUCGAAAGCCUUAAGAUAAUUAUAUUCAAUUGUUAAUUUUAUAAAGUAUUGUUGAAAAUUUGUUUAUGAAUUUUGCUACGAGGAAAAUGUCAUUGUAGUUUGUAGGUUUGAAAGCCUUUGUGCUCUUAAUAGCUCCUCAUAGUUUCUGAAUACGUCCAAUGAAUAGAAGUAACGAAAUUGUAAUUAAAUGUCAAAACUAGAUUUGUUUUCUUAAUUUUAUUCUUUUAACAUUUAGUUUAUGGUUACAUAAUUGAAAAUAUCCUAAUGAUUGUUAAUAAAAUUUGUUUGUACAAAUUUUAAAAAAUGUACACUAUUAUGUAACAUACAUUUGUAUAAUUUGUAUUUAACAUUGUAGAUCUAAUAUAUUUAUUC